AUGAGUAACGGUAAACAAAAAAAAAGUGUUUUUUUUUCAAAAUAAAUGUUUUCAUUAUUACAGAUGCUGCCGUAGCUUCUUCUCCGGACAGUGAAAGCGACGAAGGACCUAUUCCACCGCCCAAAGAAGGAAAAACCGAAGAAAUUUUUGAAGUCGAAAAAAUUCUAAACCACCGACUCGUCGAUAAUGUGAAGCUGCAACUCUUGGUACGUCCCGACUUUCUGCAAAAAUGAAAACAAUCAAUAUGCAAAUGAACGAUCGCAGGUCCGUUGGCUGGGAUAUUCGAGUGAUGAAGACACGUGGGAACCGGAGGUGGAUCUACUUGAAACUGCAGGACAAGCAGUCAACGAUUAUUUGGGCAAAUUGAAAGUAAACGAUGUGACGGAACUAACGGAGAGAAUACAACGACAAAUGCACAAAAAUAAAAGCAAAAAGCGUCCUCGUGAGAAAAGUGACAAAGAGUCGGACGACAGUGACACCAGCUUCAAAAGUUCUGCAAAGAGAUCAGUGAAGAAAAGCCGAAAGUGAGUUCUCGCAAUAUUCAAGAACCACACUCGCUUUUCUGAUGGCUCUCACCAUGAUGCAAACUCAUCUAAAAGGCAAAAAUGUAACUUGUUCGCAGGUCGACAAAGAAUAAUUCGAAAAGCUCGAGAAAGUCUCCGAAAGUGCCGACGAAAGCAGCCGUGAAAUCGUACGAAGCCACCCCUACCGCUGCUCCUCCCGCUGCUGCGAACAACGCGAAAAUAGCCGCUUUGGUGGUGAGCCGGCGUCGGUUCUUCGAGGAGUCUUCGGAUGAAGAGCCGGAUGCCCCGGAUGUGCCCCUUCAGGAGAGUGAUAUCGACAAGAUAGCGAACAAAGUGAAGGUGAAGUCGAAGGCGAUCAAAGAAGCGGAAGCGGCAGAGAAUGCAGUAAAGACGAUACAGGAAGAAGUGAAGAGCCCCUCUCCACAGCCGUGCUGCUCUUCUUCGUUCACUUCAGCAUCCACUUCCAAGGUAACGUUUAGAAGUGAAAAUCUCUAAAGGGUUUCCGAUUAUAGAACCAAAGUAAAACCCGUGAAGUACCCUUCGCGGCUGAACCUACUUCUUCUGCUUCUUCCGAACCUGCUCCCACAGCAAAAGGUUAGUAUUCAUUGAAGAUGAAUCACUGAAAAACAGAAACUUUCAUUUCAGAAACCCGAUGGUUCGUCAAUGGAAUCGUUCGCCACGUAGACGAACGGAACUGCCGCAAAAAGCUCGUCCUCAUGACCAACAAAGAGACCGGAGUCAGAAAAGUUCUAGAAGCUAACGGUGAGCAUUCGCUAAAAAUGUGAAAAUCCUCAUUGUUGUACUUCAGAAGCGUACGAGCUCGACGGAUGGGCCCUGACUAAGUACCUUCUCGAUCGGUGCGAAUUCUGAUUCGGAGACUGCUUUACCACGGCGAUAAAUCAGAAUCAAUUAGCAAUGAAAAUAGUUCUGAUUAUGUACAAUUCUGAUCUGGAAACGUUCUGAUUUAGAAUAACAUUCCCAUAUCCUCUCAUUGAUUAUAGUAUGUUAUCUUACUGUCUAUCUAUGUUCUAUUCGCGUAUUUUAAUCAUUCAAUAUAUUGUCAAACGUUCCACGUUCCUUUUUGAAAAAUAUUUGCCAUUGUUUUUUAUAUCUGUAAAAUUCUAAUAAUUUUGCGUUUUCUCUUGUGCUCUAUCGGUUUCGAGACCGCAAAUCGAUUUCUUCUCAUUUUCGUCUGCUUUUCUAUUCGGAGCUCUUUUUCAGUAAUGCACAGAAGAUGAGCGAUCGGCACAUGUCCAGUAUUUUCCCGGAAUGCGAUCAAUUAAAGCAGGUAUGCCUCCAGAUGCUCGUAUCAAUCACUGAAAAAGAAUACAAGGUUUCAGAUCUACGACAAGUGCUUCACAGAGUUCUUCCAGAAGUUUAUCACGCCAAACUACAGACAUCAGUACGCAGUAAAUCCGUGUGAAAGGCUACAUGACGUCUACAAACGAUGCGUUGAAGAGGUGGGCGGUUUCUGAAUUCAAAUCAGAGAACAUCGGAUAUUUUCAGAGAUUGGCCACGCAGAGACCGUUCGAAAUCGACUUAAACGAAAUCAGAAAAGAGUAUCUGAAUACGGACGACGACAAGCUGAAAGACAGGCAGAAUCAACAGACGUCGGAGUUCGAACACAAGUGA